UAUGAAAUCAGGCAGCUCAUGGUUGAAUGCUGUAUAAAUGAAUCCACUUGACUUUGCUGAAAUUGAUUACUUAGAUCCUGCUUUAAAGGAUGGACAUAAGAUCCUUUAUGAUCGCAUAUUAAACAUAAAUAUUCGAUUCUAAGAUAGAUUUUCAGAAGUCUAAGAACUUAGUUAACCAGAACCUAUACGUCUCAGAGUAUUAUAACUAGUAAGAAUAUAGUUUUAUUAAGGGGAAUUGAUAGUAAUCCAUAAUCAAUUAAAAUUGAAAUAAGUUCAGAAAAAGACUUGUUCUUUUUAUUUAUUCAUGAAGCCACAAUUAAUGGUUUUACUUAGAUUAAAGCAUUAUAAAAUUUAUAAAUGCCAUUUAAGGAUUAUGCAUAGAUAACAAUUGCAACUUUAAAUAAAGUUGAAUAAAACUAUAAUGGGUAUUAUGAUCUAUAUAUCUAUUUAGAUAUGGAGCUAUUUUCUAAGUAAUGUUGGAUGGUUCUGCUAGAUUGGAAAUCAAUUAGACAACAGAAUUUAGAAGUGUUCAUAUGAUUCAUUUUGAUUUUCAUUAAGUUGAGGAAUCAUUUCUACGUUAAACAAUAGUUUUUAAAUACAAUUAACAAAGAAAAGAAAUUAAAUAUCUUACUUAAUCAUUAAGUGAAUGCAGAAUGAGAGCCACUGGAACAUUCAAAUGAU